CCGAGUUUUAAGUUUUUGGCAGUCAGGCGUGGGACACAAAAUAACCAGCUCUUUUCAUUUGCUUUCAUAGACAUAUAGAUCUAGACAGGACUAUGUCCGAGGAUAUAAUACUCCAGGAAGAGCCUACAAGGUCCAAGAAGGACAAAAAGCAGAAAAAGGCCAAGAAAUCUGCUGACCCUGCCAGCGACGAGCCCAAAGCUGAAAAGAAGGACAAAAAAGACAAGAAGAAGAAACACAAGGAAACUUAUGAUCCAGAGGUUGUUACUGCUGUUUCCGAGGAUGCUAAGAUGGAUGUAGAUUCUCCACAAGGAUGGGUCAAGGACAGGAAGAAGUCAAUCAAGUCUGCUUCUAACGUCGAGGAAUCUGCGAUCGAGAUUGCUGUUGAUGUGCCAUCUGAGUCCAAGGACAAGAAAAAAAAACACAAAGAUAUCGAAGCCUCAGGUGAUGCAGAUUCGAUUCCUGAUGGUGAAAGAACUUCGAAAAAGCACAAAAAGCGCAAGCGUGAUGGCGCGCAAGAAGAAGACCCAGCGGACAAACCUAGCCCCUCCAAGAAGCCUAAAAAGAAAAAACAUGAUCGCGAAGCCGAAACCCCCUCUACUGACGCUACAGUAACUUCCCAACAACCGUUGUUAGCUACCCCAUCCUUACAGCCCUCAACAAAACCGUGUUCUCCUGCUGAAUCAGAAGCCUUUCUUGCAAGAUACAACAUCACCAUCAGUACUCAAACGAACAGCGAUGCCGUCGUACCUGUAAUAUCGUUCGACCAGCUCAAUAUACCGGAUGGUCUACGGGGCGCAUUUACUGGUUUCAAUGAGCCUACUCCAAUACAGGCAUGUACAUGGCCGCCUGCGCUCAAAGGGAAGGACGUAGUGGGUAUUGCAGAGACGGGAAGCGGGAAGACUCUGGCAUUUGGAAUACCUGCCCUCGCACAGCUCAUAGCAUCGCCCAAAAAGCCUAAGAAGAAAGAGAGCACAAUAUCUGUACUUGUUGUCGCCCCGACACGUGAGCUUGCGAUCCAGACUCAUGAUGCACUCUCUGCGCUGGGUGCACCAUUUGGCAUUGCUAGUGUCGCGGUGUUUGGUGGUGUCCCGAAGGACCCACAGGUCAAAGCACUGGCGAAUGGAAAUACGGAUGGGAAGAUCACCAGAAUUGUUGUAGGAACGCCCGGACGCAUAAUUGAUUUGGUUAACGAUGGUGCCUGUGACCUGAGCAGAGUGAAUUAUCUCGUGCUAGAUGAGGCUGAUCGAAUGUUGGAUAAGGGAUUUGAAAAUGAUAUCACGAAAAUUAUUUCAUAUACUAUUCAAGGGGAGGGGCGCCAGACUAUGAUGUUUAGUGCAACGUGGCCUGAAGCUGUCCGUCGACUGGCCAGUUCUUUCCAGCACAAUCCUGUUCGAGUCACAGUCGGAAGCGAUGAUCUCACAGCAAACAGUCGUGUUGAGCAAGUUGUUGAAGUAUUUGAUGACCCCCGUGAAAAAGACAAUCGGCUCCUCAAACGCCUCAAAGAUCUGUCACAUAAGAAAACGUCACGCAAGGGCUCUGAUGAGGCGCGCAUCCUGAUUUUUGCGCUCUACAAGAAAGAGGCAACGCGUAUCGAGCAAUCGCUGAGGCGCGCAGGUUACGACGUCGGUGCAUUGCACGGAGACAUGUCACAAACUGCACGCAUGGACGCACUUGAAAGAUUCAAGACUGGGGAGACAGGUUUACUGGUGGCCACGGAUGUUGCUGCACGGGGACUAGACAUUCCCAAUGUUGGAGCCGUGAUAAAUUACACCUUUCCGCUGACACUUGAAGACUACAUCCACCGAAUCGGACGUACGGGUCGCGGUGGACGCUCCGGUAAAUCUAUUACCUUCUUUACCGGAGAAAACCACGAGCGAGCAUUGGCCGGCGAGCUUGCACGCGUGCUCCGCGAAGGUGGGUUCGAUGCGCAGGCAGACAAUCUGAAACAGUUCCCAAUGACCAUCAAGAAGAAGGGGCACGCGGCUUAUGGGGCUUUCUUCCGAGAUGAUAUCACUGCUGCGCCCACGAAGAUAGUAUUUUAGUGGUGCUAGGAAGGGCGACUGGGUGCUUCUCAUGGGAAUGUCCAUCUAGUUUUUAUAUAAUGCAUGGCAACUGUGCACGUAGCAGUGCUUCAGGCUAUGUGCCACUUACUUAUGAUUGUGGCGGUCCUUUGGCAAAUCUGAUAAGCAGUGAGCGGCAAUUUUGCUAGGACUUACCCUACGCCACUAGUGUUAACUUCGGAAUUGUGACGCG